CUCAAAUCUGUCAUUUAUCAAGAAAAUAUGCGAUCUUUCCUCGUUUCAGGCAUAUUUGUAGCCUUUGGCAUGGCUGCUGCUGCUCCCAUUGACAAUAACCCCAUUGAAUUGGUUGCCCGCAAUUCGCCUCCCCAGGGUGUAUCUCCAACGGUACCCAAUUGCAGUAUCAACAACCAGUACCAUAACCAAUAUAAUGCGUGUACCACUCAAAACUGCCAAUUAAAUAACCCUGUACCGGGAGGUAUUCCAAUUGGUUGCUUUCUCAUGUGCCAUUCUUUUGCGUGCGCGACAAGCUAAUCAUAGCCAGCCGACAAUCCCUCUUUUUUUUUUUUUGGUUACACUGUAGUCUUUUCGAAAAUUAAAGUCGUAUUAGGCAACUGUCAAUCUCCGGUUAUA